AUGUCUUCUUUCUUGACAACCCCUCGCUCGGCUGAAGCCAUAGGCGUCGAAAAUAUCUCAUUCUCUGAGGAUAAUCUGACCUGGAUUCGCGUCGGGACUUCCGAGAGCGCUUCUCGCCAUGAGCUGGUCCUUAUUCGAGAGAUAGUUUCAUCGGACGCAGAGUCGCCAUCGCACUAUCUCCUGUUUAUUCUCGAGGAGGACUCGGAAAACAAAGAUGCGCCGUUUCACCUCUCGACAUUGAAAGCAGACAAAAUACCCUCUGAACUUCACAGUAUCGCAAUCACCAGCCUGCCGCCUCAUCUACAGCAUGGGUCUACCACCGAACAUGGUAUCACGAAACAAGUGGACGUUAUCGUCUCUUUGAAAUCAGGCGUAGGACUGGCUCCAAGAUUCUGGGAAGAUGUACUGUGUCCCCUUUGGAAGUCUUUCACAGACGGCGGCUCUGGAGAGUCGCAGUAUCGCCUCAUCCAAACAGAAAGUCCAGAAACUAUCCAAGAUUAUGCACAGCACUUGUGGACUUCGGAUGAGCGGGGAAAGGCAAGGACAAUCGUUCUUCUCAGCGGCGAUGGCGGCAUUGUAGACCUUUUAAAUGGCUCUGAUGGAAACGAACUGUCUGAAAUUCCACCCACGAUCGCGCUGGUUCCCCUUGGGACUGGAAAUGCUCUCUUCCACUCUACCCACAAGCCUCUCUACACCGAACCAGGCCCAACACCGCUCGUUCUCGCACUCCGAACAUUGUUGCAUGGUGCCAGUGCUGAUCUUCCUGUUUUCCGAGCAUCCUUUUCCCCAGGAUCCCACAUCGUCAAAUUCACAGACAAGUCCAAAGAAACAUCUUCGACCAACGACCCGGAUCAGCUGCGAAAGGAGGAGACUUCUAUCACGCAUCUCCAGGGCGCCAUCGUCGCCAGCUACGGCUUCCACGCGAGUAUCGUGUACGAGAGCGACACCCCUGAGUACCGCGUCCACGGCGACAAACGGUUCCGCAUGGUCGCUGAAGGGCUUCUAAAAGAGUCUCACCCGUACGCUGCAAAGGUGUCUAUCCGCCGCCGCGGUUCCACCGCAUUUGAGGACAUUCCUCGUGAAACCCACGCCUAUGUCCUCACGUCUCUGGUCUCAAACCUGGAGCGAAAGUUCACUAUUUCGCCUGUGACGCGGCCGCUGCAGUCGCAGCUCCGGCUUGUGCAUUUUGGGCCUAUUGGUGGUGAGCGGACGAUGAGUGUUAUGAUGAAGGCGUACGAUGAGGGUAGCCAUGUUGGAAUGAACUGGCCUGAUGGUGAGCAAGUUGGCUAUGAUGAAGUUGACGAGGUUGGGAUUUCGGUUUUGGAGAAGGAUGAGAGGUGGAGGAAGGUGUGUAUCGAUGGGACGACUGUUGAGAUUCCCAAAGGUGGGAGCAUGAGUAUUAAGAUGCUGGGCCAUAGCCUCUUUAAGAUUCUGGCCAGUCCUCGUGUCUUGGAAGGUCGCAGCUAA